GGUAAAAUACAGAAAUGCGACCGAAAAAUUGACCUGGCGGUCGUUUUGGACGUUUCAGCGAGUAUAAAAGAAGAAAACUUAAGCCUCGCAAAGAAAUUUGCCAAAACACUUCUAAGACGAUUCAGAAUCUCCAGAGACAACGUUCGUGUGUCGCUUGUGGCGUACUCGGAGUCGGUGAAGAUCUAUUCCGCGUUCGAGGACGACCAGGAGGAAGAAGGGCUUGAGCGAAAAGUGAACAAUGUCUUCUUUGAAGGAUCUUCCACGGCGACAUCGAAAUGCUUAACAAUAUUAAACAGUCGUCUGUUUGUGCAAGAAUCUGGGUCAAGAAUCAAGGAGUCUGGUAAGUCCUCUAAGGAAAUAACAUGUCAUUGCAGGUCAUAGACAAAAGAAAAGAUAAAGAAAUCGACUUGACUUCGCCCACGGCACUGUAGAAUAGGGAAGGAGUAUUAAUACAAGAACAAAUACAAUUUUGGCAAGUAACAUGAUGAAACGUCAUAGCGACGGUCGAACCGUUCUAAAAAGAUUAUCGUUCUGUUAUGAUACUUAAAUGCUAGUUUAUGUAGCUUUCCUUUUUCUUUUGUAGAAAAUAGAUUGAAAGAUGUUUCGGAAAUAGCAAAAGUUCGUAAGGUUCACAAAAUCACGAUAAAUAACGUGAGUUGUUUACAUUUCAAUAGAUAUGAAUAUUUGGCCUUUACGUUUUAUAAGAUAUUCAUUUGUAAACCUUUUCAAACGUUUGGUUUACUACUGAUUUUAGUCAUCGUCACAAUACAAACUACAAUGUUAAUAAUUGACUAUGAAUAUGUGAAAAUCAUUUGCGUGAAAUGCGGAUUCAAAGAUUAAUUUACAAUAAGGUUUUCUCAGUCGGUUAUCUUUGCCAACAAUGUUCUGGUUAGAAAUAUUUUAAUAGACUUGUCUUUCUUUCCGUCUUCUGUUCUUUACAGAUGUUAGAAAAGUUGCUGUUGUCGUCACGGAUGGAUUUAGUUUCAUCGGACCCGGAAUUGUAAAACUGAGGGCCGAUGAACUGAAAAACAGAGGAAUCGAAGUGUUCGCAAUCGGAAUUACCAAAAGAAUGGGGGACGACGAGUUGAUAAACUUAUCCAGCAAACCUGUCCAAAAACAUUUCUUAAGGCUAACCGAUAAGGACUCAAUCAAAAGAAUAACUGAUAACAUUGUCCAAGAAAUCUGCAAAUAG